AUGUCUGCCACUGUAGGCAUCAACCACUCACACAAGCAUAAGGCCUUCCGAGACAAGUACAAGUUCGCUACAGUGGUGGGCGAUCCACACAAAACGGAGAAGGACGACGGUACGGAGGAUCCACACCAUAUCACGCUCAACUUCAGCAAGACAGCCAAUGGAAAGGGAGAUACGGCGGCUGCUCACUACUACCCCGAUAUCCACACCAUCAAGUUCUUCCGGGCCGACCUCGAAGACAUCGUGUUGACCAAGGCUCAAAUCGCUGAAGCCGAGGCCGAAGUUGCCGCGAACCCCAUGGUGUUCGAGGACAGGAAGAAGGGCAUUCCUGUGGUAUGGCAUGAGGGCGAGUGGGUUCGUGCUGCUUGA